AAUAUGUCUCCAGCGCUAAGGUUCGCCUGGAGCCAAUGCCGGCGUCCUGGGCCGCUUCGGCCUUGCGGCGCUAGAUCGGCUCUCCGUACUGCCACGGCCGGCCUUCCGCCUCUCUGGCUCCGUGUCACCGAGUCCCCGCGAUGAGUUUCCAGUAAAUUUUCUUUUUGAGGAUAAAUCGAGCCGAGCACCUGAAUGUAAGGUGCUUAAGAAUAACUAGAUAUGAGUUCUUAAAUGAUUAAAUGAUUUUUUUUUCUUUUUGCUAGAAACGCUUUCAGGUGCAUUGUAUAUUUGUAUAGGGUGUGUUUGGACUCUUAUUUAAUGGGAAACAUUUUGGAAGCCUUUUCAGUUAAGGGUGGGUUAAUAUAAUAAUCGCAGUAUAUGUUUAACCCCGGAAGAGUGUUGCUUUUAUGACUAAGAUGUAAACCAUGUCUGUACAUUAAUGUUUAUGGUAAUAUUAUCUGUUCUGUAGUGUGUGUGUGUGUGUAUGUACCGUGACAUCCACUUAUUUUUCAAGCGUCCGGUUUCUUUUGGGCUGGAAAAGCACCAGUCUCUCCAGCAGUGACAAUCCUGUUACCUGGGAGCCUGUGCGACGGACGAUACAUAGUAAUGCCGAGGCUUUGGGCACCGUUUCCGGGCCCCAAAACGACAGGAAGGCCGGUAUAUUACUGUUUGCCCCAACACCUGCUUUAUCGAUAUAGUUUAAACAGUUAAACUUAUGGUAGCGACGAUGAUGAAAAAUGUAAAAUGAAAAAUGACCUUUAUCAUAAUUUGUAGCGCAUGAAAUAUGUAUAUUUAAUACGAAUACACGGUUUUGCUGGCAUAUUUGGGUGUCUUGUUUAAAAUGAAUGAUUAACACCUAAAACCUGUUUAGUACUACUGGAUCCCGAGUAAAAUCUAGGGAAAAGCAACAGUUUCCGGUAUGUGUGUGUUUAUACAGCGUCUUGUGCACUGCUGGGUCUCCAGAGAUCUUCAGACUCUCUUCAGUACAGCUGUGAUUGGCUCGGUUGGCAUGCAGCCUGCCAGAAUUCAGUAGUCUGUCACUCAUCCAUCACAUGGGGUCAUGCAAGCCUGGAGGUUGGCCUAGAGAGAAUUUAAAGGUUAAAGAUCUUGUGAAAUUGCAUGGUAAUCACGUUACAUAUUGUAGUUAUACAAGGGUAACCAGUGCCUGUUAUGAGACGGCAGUUUCAACCACAUUUCGGAAAUGUUUACAUUUAAUUGUGUGAUAGGAAGUGAAGGGUGCUGGACAAUGAGGCCAGUUUCCCCGCCUACGUUGCGAGAUGGAAAGUGCGAUUCCAGCUCAAGUGGCUGCUGCUAACGUGUCCUGCUGCUUGUUCCUUGGCUGGACUUUUGUCCCCUGAGAAUCAUCCAAUUAUGUGCAGCCAGCCCCAGCACUGCGAUUUAAAAAUUCUUUCUCUUGGCUAUGAGAUUGAAUGCAGUGUGACAUUUAAAUGCAUUUAAUACUUAAAAAUGUAUUGCUGUUGUGAUUUUUACCACACAUGAAUGCUGAAGUCAUUAAUUACAUAUGUGGGGGAAAAACAGAGUACACAAGUCCUCAGCAGCGUGGGUUGGAGUAUGUCUACGCUGCAUGUUUCUAAGUUUGCAGGCUGGGACACUUAAAGAUUUGCGUCAAACCAGGCUGUUGCUCAGUGGCUGAUGAUGUAAAAUGGGGAACUAACAUAAGUGACCAAUGGUAAACUGAUUAUUUUGAAGCUGUUUAAGGAUGUCGCUAUCAGUAGUAUAAAUAAUCAAGUAAUCCAGUGAUUUUUAAUCUUACCAUUCCUAGAAUAAUCUUUUGUUUAUAAUAUAUUCAGUUUGCAUUUGGUGUGAGGCAACAUAUGGUCAAUUUAGCUACUCGUUCCCUUGAGUUGCAUGUUUUUUGGACAGUGGAAUGAAAUCUAACAAUCUUUCGAAAAGCCACACACAUAAGGUGAACAUGCAGACAAAGCAGCUGUGUGUGCUGAUGAUGUUACCACUGUGCAUGUGCGCUGCGCCACUGUGCCACCCAUAGAUUGUGUGAUAUUAAUAUCGAUAUGGCAUUUUGCGUGCCUACAACUGUCACAUUGCAAUGCCCACGAUUGUCUGCUGGGUUCAAACCAUCAAUUAGUUGCAGUAAAUAUUUUUGCUCAGUCAUAGGAAACAAAACUUGGCAGUCUUUGCAAUUUUAAUGAUGGUUCUUUUGCAGUUUUAUCUAGUGUAUGUAAAAAAAAAAUAAAAAAAAAAUCAAGUUUAAAGUUUACAGCUGCUGCUUUUGCAUGAGCUCUGCAUGCACUCUCAGACAAUCAUAAUUGUUCUCCGCCUUGCUGUUGGACUGUGGCACCUUUUGUGAGAAAUUAAAAAUGAGUGUAGAGGAGAAAAGGAUGAGAGAAGGGUCACAAACUGGUCAUAAAGACCACUAUACUGAAAUAUACUGCUUUGGGUCUGUUGGCACAAUUUGCAGCGACUUAAUUGACACACUCAUGGUAAAUAGUUCUUUCUGGCUAUGUAGUAAAUUAUAAACUCAUAAAUAUCUCAAAAACAUAAUAUCACAGUAACAUUUUUUCCAGUAUUCAGUCCUACUCAAAACUCAAUUGGCUGACAAAAAAUAAUUUGUAUAUCUGCUGUAUUAUGUAAGGUAACAGCUAAGUGACGGGGCUAAUCUUAAUUUUAGCUGCGGUUUUUGACAUACAGGAUUAGUAUAAAGCAAAAUGUUUUAAGUCAAAAUUGAUAGACAGGCUAGGUCAGUCCGAGAUGUUGCACAUAUAGUGAAUAUUGGUUAUGUGAAGUAUUUGUACACAACUUUUUGCUUAUUUCCAUUCUUGUUAACUGUGUCUUUCCACCAUAUUGCUGAGUAAUUGAGAAGGAAAUUUUUAAUCUGCUUUUUAAUAGUUAAUUGACUCCUCUGAGGCUGUUUCCCAAUCAUUGUUUAUCUUACUGUUUUUAGAUGUGAGAAUACAUAAAUGAAUUAUUAGUAUUUUUUUAAAUGUACGAAAAGUCAGAAAAUGCACAUUAAUUGACGAAUGUGUACAAAAAUUGUCAUUUUCCAUAUGUAGAGCCAUGUAUCUGCGUGGAAACAGUAUUUCAGUUGCACUUCCAGUUAAGUAUAAAAAUCAUUUUGGUGUUAAUGUACUUUUGAAUGUGAAAAUUUGGUAUUUGUUAGAAGUAGAUCUGGUGCGGUGUGUUUCCACUCUUAGGUGGAUGGAGAAGGUCUGCUGUGGUAUAGAGAGGGUCAUACUGAGUAGUUCUACAUUGAAAAUAAUCACGUAUCAAGCUUCAUGUCAUGGCAGGUGCCUUGUUGUUGGACUCUGUCUGUGGAUGGCCAUCUGGACAAUGGCUGCAUUUUAGCAUCACGAUUCUCCUUAAUUAGUGCUGCACCAUAGCUCUGACACGUCCUCUGUGACACGAGCGUGCGCACACACACACAUAUACCGGUGAAGAGUUUGUGCUUGUGAUUUUACUGCUAGCCUUGAUUUUAGCAGUUUGUGGGUUGUUAGAGCAGAGAGCCCAGUGUCUGGUCCAUCUGCUGAUAGAAAAUGUACUUCCAGCAAAGGAUUGUCUUUGCACUGCUUGUCCCCAUUAAUGCUGGGCCUGAAACCGUUUGCACGAAUGUAACAUUCAUUCAUACGGAAAUCGCUGCUGCUAGUGCCGCAUGAAAUCUGCAUCCUUUCAUAGUCCUCGGGCGCACAAGGACGCUUGCUCAAAGCUGCCGUUUCGCAAAGCAGACUGGGUGUUUCGUCAUCAAACCCCUCGCCAAAUGCUUGUACUCGACAAGCUCUGAUCAAAGCAAGAAAUCAGAAUGUAAAGAGUACACAUGCUGGGAACUUGCCUUUCCAAAGAACUUGAAAGUCUUGCCCUCAACCCAACUUAUUGUACAGAAGCCUUGGGUGCAACCAGCAGAAGAUGAGAGGAGGGCUGGAGGAGAGACUGCAGCGGCGGGGCCAGUGACUCUCUCGCCGCGGGGAUGGCUCAGGCGGUCCCUCAGCUUGACUACCAGCUCCUGCACGACCUGAAGCUGCGCUUCCCUGAGAUCCCAGAGGAUGUGGUGUCUCAGUGCCUCCUGCAGAACAACAACAACCUGGACGUGUGUUGCCUUCUGCUGGCUCAAGAGAGUAAUCGCUACCUGUACGGGGAGUACCACAGCCCCGAAGAGAGCCGCCUGGCCCGUAACCACAUGCUGCACAUCAGCCUGGGCUACCCGUCCACAGAGGGCGCCAAAGCGAAUGGAGGGCGCCCCCUGGUGCACAGCUCCAGCGAUGGGCACAUCGAGCCCCAGCGAGGCGGCCCUGGUGCCGGACAGCGUCCCAUGGUGUUCCAGGAGCCGCACUCCGCCCCUGCCACCAUGGCGCCGUCGCCGGGGUACAGCCCCUUCUUUGUGAACGAUCCGGGCCGCUCUGCCGGCACCCCGCCGCCCGGCGUGCCCUAUCCCCCAGUGCCGCACUACGCCAUGAACCCCAUCACGGUUACGCUCCCACAGAGCAUCCCCUCUGUGCCUCAGGCCCUACAGAUCCCCACUUCCCCUUAUAGCGGCGCCGGGGGCAGCGCCCUGUAUGUCCGGCCCGCCCCCUCACAGAGCCCCCAGCCCGCCCCCUGGCCCUCGCCUGCCGUCCCGGUUUUCUCGCCAUCCCCUUACGCCUCCCCGUAUCCCGGGAAGCCGGUCCCCCAGACGGCGUACCACUCCCCGCCCCCAUCCCAGUUCCCGUCCCCUUACAGCUCCCCGCAGCAUCAGAUCCAGCAGGCAGCCCACGCGUUUCUCCCAAUCAGCCCCCCCAACGUGCCUGGCCUGCCCUACCAGGCACAGCAGUCCAUGUCCUACUUGCCCCACCUGUCUUCCAAGACCCCUCUGAAGAACCAGAUAGAGAUCAGCUUAGAGGGGGGGCAGAGAGCCCCCACCCCGGCUCAGCGUAGCGGCUCUCCUGGAAUCAGCCAGCCGCGAGGUCAGAACUCCCUCUACAUUUCCACUAACUCCUCCCCCAGCUCCCCGUCACGGGGGAUCAGCUUGACCAGCUCCUUUCACCCUGGCAUGUACAUCCACCCAGUCCCCGCGCGGCCCCUCCCAGCCUCCUCCCCCCAGCCCGGGAAUGCCUACAUCAAGAUCAAGGUGUCGCCCGGCCGGACUCAGGGGCGCCCCCUGGAGUCACCCACCGUGGAGACUGAAUCUCUGCUCAACAUUGUGGACCAGGCGGAGCAUCCUGCAGCGCCCGCCCCCAUCCUGCCUAUCACCGUGUUGCCAGGCAACAUCUCCAGUAAGAUCAACAACAUGCCGCGCAGGUCCAGUUCCGGCUCUGAUGACUACGCAUACACUCAGGCUCUCCUGCUCCACCAGCGAGCAAGGAUGGAGCGGUUGGUGAAGGAGCUCCUUCUGGAACGGCAGAAGCUAGAGCAACUGAAGGCCGAUGUGAACGAGAUGGAGUACGAUGCCCUGCAGAGGCGCUUCCGCAGGGUCAACAGCUCCAGCUUUAUUCCUCGGCCCGAGGAGAUGACUCGUCUACGGGGCCUGAACCGGCAGCUGCAGAUCGACAUCGACUGCACCCUCAAGGAGACGGACCUGCUGAAGAUCCGAGGGAAGUUCGACCCAAAAGCCAUGAGCAACUUCUACGACAACAUCCAGCCGGGUCCCGUGGUGCCGCCGAAGCCUGUGAAGAAAGAUGGAGUCGUGCGCUCCGUGGCCGGUGGCCGGUCAGCCCCACAGGACGAGGACUUUGAGGGGGCCCAGUGGAACUGUGAGAGCUGCACUUUCCUCAACCAUCCGGCGCUGAACCGCUGCGAGCAGUGCGAGAUGCCCCGCUACACCUGAGCCAGUGUGGAGGCGACGCCACCCCCAAUCCCCCCCCCCCGCCCCCGCCGCACCACGCCCUAGCUGACGCCACGCCCUAGCUUUGAGUGCCCACCCUGAAGCUUCCCUAGAUCAGUUUGCAUUACUCUAGAUGUUUUAAUUUCAGAUAAAAUGAGGGCACACAGAGGCCUUCUGCCUCGGGGUGAGGAAGCUGCAGUGGCCCUGGGCAGAGCCAGACCCCACGGCACAGUUGGCUGCCUGGAAAACGGCCGGACAGAGAUCUCCGUGAGGGUGGGCGGUAACCAUGGUGACUGGAAUGUAUCAAUAUCCUAGUGAAAAACUGAUUGCCUUUACCACCAUCC